AUGACACGUGCAUACCUUAAGAUGACUGAUAACACAUCAAAUAAUAAUAAACUAUUUACAUUUAAUUCCUAUGAUGAAUUUAAACAAGAAUGUUUACGUAUGAAUAAUGAAAAUACGAUAGAUAUAUGGAAUCAAUUACCUAUUGAAUUACCAUCAUCAAAAAAAAGUUCCACUAAUAAUGUUAAAUAUUUUACACGUCGACAACAACAUCGUUACGGUAGAAAGUUAAAAUAUUACGCAACUUGUUGUCUUCUUUUAAAGAAAACACAAAAAAAGAGAAAAAAACUACGUACUAAAAUUUUUCAUUUGUAUGAUGAAAUGUUCAAUGUACCUCAUAUGGAACAAAAUGAUUGUUUGGUUGAGAUGUGUCAACAAGUUGCUCAAAAGACACGUGAAUUUAUAUCAAAAGGUGAAUUAUAUGACUCAUCGAUUGAUAUGGAUGAAUUAUUUCAAGCUGCUCGGAAUAUAUGGUUUCUGUGUGGAUUAUAUAUACGAUUAGAUAGAAAAAUGUACUUAACUGAUGCAGUAUUUGGAUAUUCAAUGUUAUAUCCGUAUACAGAUAAUUUUACGGAUUCUAACGAUAUAACGAAAGAAUGUAAACAAGAAUUUGCAAAAAUCUUUUUUCAACGUUUAUUGUAUGGUGAAGAAUAUGCUGCUGUGCCAGAAUCAUUAAAACUCCUUUCAGAUCGUAUAAAAAAAAUCUUUGAUAUGGUAAAAUUUAUUGAAAAUGAUUGGCCAAGAGAAUCAUAUAAAGAAGUUUAUUAUGGCCUAGCAUAUAUACAUGAGUCACAAGUAAGAUCGACUCAACAACAUGCAUGCUCUGAGGACGGCUAUCAACCAACAAUGGAAUUAAUUGAAGAAAUCUCAGCACAAAAGGGUCCUGCAUCAAUGCUAGCUGGUUGGCUUCUUGUUGAAGGACACUUGACAUAUGAAAAAACGGCUUUUCUAGAAUAUUUUGGUUUUGGUAUACAAUUGGUAGAUGACUUACAAGAUGUUAAAGUAGAUUUAAAAAAUAAUCAUCGUACCAUUUUUACACAAACGAUUACUGAUGGACAUAUGUUAGAUGAACCAACAGCUAAAUUAAUUCACUAUUUUUAUCAUGGUAAAACAGCUUACGCCGUAUUUGAAGAUACUAAACAACAAAUUGAUUCUGUAACCGUGCCAACAAAUGAGCAUUCUACAAUAACAUUUGAACAAUAUACCUUUCUGUCAACAAUGUCAGGUGUACUUAUGCUUAUAUUUGAAGCAGCUUCUAAAUUAAAACAAUAUUAUUCAAAAAAAUGUUAUCAUCAUUUAAGUCAUCUUUCACCCAUACCAUUUCGACAAUUAAAACAUAUGCAAAUUGAAAGACGGAUAUGGUAUUUUAUAAGACAUCAAUGGUUCUAA